AUGGAAAGAACUAUUUCUCAGUGUUGUACGCGACAGUAUUCCGAUAAAAACCAUCAGCAACGUCAAUAAUCCGCCUUGGAUCAACGGUGAGAUAAUCCACGCUAUCAGGAAAAAGGAGACCGUGCGUCGGAAACUGAAAACAUCGCCAACGGACGUACUGAGAAACAAGUUCAAGGCCUUACGAUUCAAGGUUAAACGAUUGAUCAAUGAAAGUCGUUGUCAGUUCUUCCAGAACAUCAGCGAAGCCCUCUUCAAUAAUCCCAAAAGAUUCUGGUCUGUCUUUAAAAUCAACAGUAAACGUGCCAGUGUUCCAGGAUCAAUGACAAUGGGAUCAAAUUGAUUAUAUCCUGACUCGGUCCGCUCAGCUUCAUGUCCUCGCGACAUAGCAGAACUGUUCAACGACUACUUCUCCUCCAUUGUGUCUGGAAGCGACAAAACAACUCAAACGGACAAUCCAUCCUUGCCAACUGAUAGCAACUUGUCAGAGUUAAUUCUUUCUCCUGAUGAUGUUCUAGCUGCACUCCUCAACCUCGAUACCAACAAAGCCACAGGUCCGGAUAAAAUACCACCAAGAAUACUAAAGGAAUGUGCUCACCAAAUUGCUCCGUCAUUAUGUCUACUGUUUAAUCAAUCACUCCGACAUGGCUCCUUACCAGAGGAAUGGAAGCUCGCGAACAUCAUCCCUAUCCAUAAAAAAGGUGACAUCUCCAACGUUGAAAACUACCGUCCAAUUUCGCAUCUGUGUGUAACAUCCAAAGUCCUCGAGCGCUGUGUGCUGAGAAAUCUGAGAGAUUAUCUGAUGUCCCUGAUUAACUCCGCUCAACAUGGUUUCAUUCCUCGAAGGUCAUGCACAACCCAGCUAGUCGAAGUUUUGCACUACAUUGGAUCCAUUUUAGACUCUGGUAAACAAACCGAUAUAAUCUUCAUGGACAUGUCAAAGGCUUUUGACAAGGUCAGCCAUACAGCUCUGAUAAACAAACUCCAACAGUAUAACAUUGGCGGAUCUCUUCUCCAAUGGUUCACAUCGUAUCUACAUGACCGCCAACAGCGCGUCACAACUCUUGGCGCUACUUCUUCCAAAAAACCAGUGUGCUCCGGUGUUCCGCAAGGCAGUAUCUUAGGACCAAUACUCUUCCUCCUGUAUGUGAAUGACUUACCAGACGCUGUGACGAACUCGACAGUUGCGUGUUUUGCAGACGACACCAAAAUCUUCCGUAGAAUUGACUCCAUCACCGAUGCUAUGUUACUCCAGGACGAUAUCAAUAACCUUCAAUCCUGGUCCACGUCAAGCGGUCUCGUGUUUAACGAAGGAAAAUGCAAAAGUAUUAGCAUUACCAGACGUAGUCAACCAAUCCAUCAUCUAUAUAGCAUCAAAGGCAAAGAACUUGCACUUUUACCAGCAGAGAACGAUCUGGGAAUUUGA